AUGUCUUCAUUCUCGAUUCCAACCCCGUCAGGAUCAUCCGCGAUUCCAAUUGUCGCACCUACUACCGAAAAGGAAACCCCUAAAAGUCCACCUCCUUCAAAAAAUUUAGCAGCAAAUUCCAAAACGCGAACUUGUAGAAAUUUAAUUAUACAUGGAUACUGUAAAUAUGAGGGAAAAGGUUGUGAGUUUAAUCACGACUUAGGAAAAUCGACAUCGCCUCCAAAUAGUCCGGAAACUACCAAGUCAAAAUUAAGUGUCAAUUCUCCAGUGUUCAAACCUUCCGUUUUAAUCUCAUCCAUUCCACCAGAAGUAGUAAAUGCGCCACCCUUUAUCCCUAAAAGUACUCAAGUAAACCCUCCCGAAGAAAUUCCGGUCACUCCUACAAGUACACCAGGUUCACCUCAGAAAAAUUCUGGAGAACAAGAGUAUGAUAAUGAAAUUACAAUAUACGAACAGAGUAUGGGAUUUUAUCCUCCUGUACCACCUUCAACGCCUUUCCUUUUGUCUCCUGGAGGUGCUGGAAGUCAUGGUUUAAACGCACUUGCCAAUUCAUUUGCUUCAUUAGGGCUUAACGCCAAUGCGAAUCAAUUUGCAUCUAAUGAGAAUUCGAUACCAGAUGUUCUGUCACAUCAUCACAUGAAUAAUACGAGCUAUUUUACGACUUCACAUCAUUUGGAUCCAUUCUUAUAUCAAUCUCAGCAGGCUUUAUUGCCUCAACCAUUACGAUAUCACCUUUACACAUCACCCCUACCGCAUGUUUCCAAUCUACAUCCGCAUCAAAAAACAAUUCAUUCAUUUUUUAUGUCGGACCAUUUACGUGAAGAAUUACAACAAAAGAAUGAAGCUACGUUGAAAAUCGUGAAUGCGAAAGAUUUUAAUUUACCGGAAGAACUUCAUGUAUACCAUUCCUUGUAUCCUCUUGAUCAACGCCAAGAGAAAUCCAUAAAGAUAUUUGGAUAUCCAAGUUGGGUAUACAAAUCAGUUUGUCUUGUUGAUGGACGCGUCUACUGUUUAAGACGCAUUGAGGGUUUCCGUUUAACAAAUGAAAUAGCGAUGUCAACAAUAGAAAAUUGGCGAAGGAUUAGACAUGCAAAUAUUGUUUCUGUACGUGAAGCAUUUACUACUAAGGCUUUUGGUGAUCAUUCACUUGUUUUUGUAUACGAUUAUCAUCCUUUAUCACAGACUCUUUUCGACAAACAUUUUUCACCUUCAUUGCAACCAACAAAUCUUCCUCAGGGUGGCGGGACUGGUGCUAUUACUGAAACAGUUUUAUGGAGUUAUAUUACACAGUUGGCUUCUGCAAUAAAGACGAUACAUUCUUCAGGACUGGCAGCUCGAACGAUUGAACCUACAAAAAUUUUAUUAACGAAUAAAAAUCGUAGCAUACGUAUUAAUUGCUGUGGAAUAAUGGAUAUGUUGACUUUUGAUGGUGGGAAAAAUAUCCCCCAUUUUCAGCAAGAAGAUCUCUUAAAUUUCGGUCAAUUAAUUAUUUCACUUGCGUGUAAUUCACUUUCAUCGGUUCAUAAUUUACCGAAAUCAAUUGAUUACAUUUCCCGACAUUAUUCUCUCGAUUUAAAGAAUGUGAUAUUAUAUUUAUUAAGUAAACCAACUCCAAUGAAAUCUAUAGAUGAUGUUAUAGCUAUGAUAGGACCACGACUAUUACACGAGAUUAAUAGCGUUCAUCAUUAUAAUGAUUUUUUGGAAAGUGGGUUGAGUCAGGAAUUAGAAAAUGGAAGAUUAGUAAGAUUACUAUGUAAAUUCGGAUUUAUUAAUGAACGUCCAGAGUUUGAUAUGGAUCCAAGUUGGUCAGAAACUGGAGAUAGAUAUUUAAUUAAAUUAUUUAGGGAUUAUGUGUUUCAUCAAGUAGAUGAAAAUGGUUACCCUGUAGUUGAUAUGGCCCAUGUACUAAUGUGUUUAAAUAAGUUGGAUGCUGGAGUUGAUGAAAGGAUAAUGUUGGUUUCAAGAGAUGAACAAUCAUGUUUAAUUGUUUCUUAUAAAGAGAUAAAGAAUUGUAUUGAUUCAGCAUUUAGAGAUUUAUCAAGAAGAAAAUGA